UUAUCAAGGAAAGUUUAUACAUAGUGUGGGGGGGGAAACGCAAGGAGAGCAAUUAUAAUGGAGAGACAGAAGAGAAAGCAAGAAAUAGAGAAGGGACUCCAGUUCAUUCAGUCCACAUUACCCCUAAGCCAAGAAGACUAUGAGGCCUUUUUGCAGAAGCUGGUGAGAAACCUGUUUGCAGAGGGCAAUGAUUUGUUUCGAGAGAAGGAUUUCAAGCUUUCAUUGGUGCAGUAUGUGGAAGGACUGAACGUGGCAGAUUACGCAGCCUCCGAUGAGGUGACCAUCCCAAAGGAACUCCUGUGCAAGCUGCAUGUCAACAGAGCUGCCUGCUACUUUGCCAUGGGGCUGUAUGAGAAAGCACUGGAAGACAGCGAGAAGGCUUUAAGCCUGGACAAGGAGAACAUCCGAGCGCUCUUCCGGAAAGCUCGCUCCCUAAACGAGCUUGGAAGACACAAAGAAGCUUACGAGUGCAACAGCCGCUGCUUGCUGUCCCUCCCACAUGAUGAGAGUGUCACGCAGCUGGGACAGGAGCUUGCCCAGAAGCUGGGACUGAGGGUUCGAAAAGCUUACAAACGACCUCAGGAAUUGGAAACAUUCUCACUACUCAGUAAUGGCACAUCAAUCAAUUUGUCAAACCAGACCGCUUCCAAUGGAUUGGGUUCAAUAGAUGACAUCGAAACAGACUGUGCUAUGGACCUGCAGUGCCUCCCAGCUCCUGUGGCCACCUCCAUCCCUGUGAGCGAGGGCCUGGCCCCUUUGCCCUCUGACUCAGAUGCAAAGGGCUUGCCUACCUCACUCCCUGCUGCCAGCUUGCUCCCAUCUCCAGACUGCGGAUCCCUGCCAGCACCUGAGAGCGUGGAGGACUUCACAGAUGGGGACAUCAUUGGGGAAGAGCUGGACUCCCUCCUGGACUCCCUUUCUCUGGUCCAGGGCACCAUUCCUACCAACCUGCCAACAGAGAUGCCCCAGCUGAUCCCUGUGUUUCCGGGGGGAACUCCGCUGCUGCCCCCAGUCGUGACAGCCAGCAUCCCUGUCUCCACCCCGCUGCCACCUGCCUCUUUUGGCCUGGUGAUGGAUCCCACCAAGCAGCUCUCAUCCUCCUCUGUCCUGGAAGCCUUCGAGGCUCCACCGGGAGGAAGCGGUGGCUCCACCUUGGAUUCUCUGGAUUCCUUGGACCUGCUGCCCUACACGGACUCGCGGCUUGAUGCGCUGGACUCCUUUGGGACAAGCAGAGGGUCACUGGAUGCCUUGGAUUCUUUUGCCAUUGAAACUAGCCCUCAGGAACUGCGACACCCACCUGGCAGCCAAAAACCAUCCCCCCACCUGCCAGAACCAGUAAUGCCCAACACAGCCCUGCUGGUGAAGAACCCUCUGGCAGCUACUCAUGUCUUCAAACAAGCCUGUCAUAUCUGCUACCCCAAAACAGGGCCCAAGGCUGGCGAUUACACUUACCGGGAAGGCUUGGAGCACAAGUGCAAGCGCGACAUCCUGCUGGGCAGGCUGAAGAACUCAGAAGACAAGACCUGGAAGAGGAUCCGUCCUCGCCCUACCAAAACCAACUUUGUAGGAUCCUACUACCUGUGCAAAGAUAUGCUUAACAAGCAGGACUGUAAGUACGGAGAUAACUGCACCUUCGCGUACCACCAGGAAGAGAUCGACGUGUGGACAGAGGAGAGGAAGGGGACCCUCAACCGUGACCUCCUCUUUGACCCGCUAGGUGGUAUCAAGCAGAGCAGCCUCACCAUUGCCAAGCUCCUCAAGGAACAUCAGGGCAUCUUCACCUUCCUCUGUGAGAUUUGCUUUGACAGCAAACCCCGGAUUAUCAGCAAAGGGACCAAGGACACACCAUCUGUCUGCUCCAAUCUUUCUGCCAAGCACAGUUUCCAUGACAACAAGUGUCUGGUCCACAUCGUGCGUUCCACCUCACUGAAAUACUCCAAGAUCCGCCAGUUCCAGGAGCACUUCCAGUUCGACGUGUGCCGGCAUGAGGUGCGCUACGGCUGCCUGCGGGAGGACAGCUGCCACUUCGCUCACAGCUUCAUUGAGCUCAAGGUUUGGCUGCUGCAGCAGUAUUCAGGAAUGACCCAUGAAGAUAUUGUGCAGGAAUCAAAGAAGUACUGGCAGCAGAUGGAGGCACAUGCCAGCAAACCAGCUAACAGCAUGGCUUCUACCCGGGCUCCCACGUCAAGCACCUUUGACCUCCAGAUGAAAUUUGUGUGUGGCCAGUGCUGGAGGAACGGGCAGCUGGUGGAGCCAGAUAAAGACCUCAAGUACUGUAGUGCCAAAGCCCGCCACUGCUGGACAAAGGAACGUCGUGUCCUGCUGGUGAUGUCCAAAGCGAAGAAGAAGUGGGUGUCUGUCCGACCACUGCCUUCCAUCCGCAACUUCCCACAGCAAUACGAUUUGUGUAUCCAUGCACAGAAUGGCAGGAAAUGCCAGUAUGUGGGCAACUGCUCCUUCGCCCACAGCCCUGAGGAGAGAGACAUGUGGACCUUCAUGAAGGAAAAUAAAAUACUAGAUAUGCAGCAGACCUAUGACAUGUGGCUGAAGAAACACAAUCCUGGGAAGCCUGGAGAGGGGACACCACUCACCUCGCGAGAAGGGGAGAAACAGAUCCAGAUGCCCACUGACUAUGCUGACAUCAUGAUGGGCUACCACUGCUGGCUCUGCGGGAAAAACAGCAACAGUAAGAAGCAAUGGCAGCAGCACAUCCAGUCGGAGAAGCACAAGGAGAAGGUCUUCACCUCAGACAGUGACUCAAGCUGCUGGAGCUACCGCUUCCCCAUGGGGGAAUUCCGGCUCUGUGAAAGGUUCCAGAAGAACAAGAGCUGUCCCGAAGGAGAGGAGUGUCGCUAUGCCCAUGGCCAGGACGAGCUGACAGAGUGGCUAGACAGGAGAGAGGUGCUGAAACAGAAACUGGCCAAAGCCCGCAAGGACAUGCUGCUCUGCCCCAGGGAUGAUGACUUCGGGAAAUACAACUUCCUAUUGCGGGAUGGGGUAUAGUGGGGGCUGAGGCGGGGAGC